AUAGGAGGCACCCACAGCAGCCGGGCACAAACAGUUAGCACUCGUCCACCAAUCAACAUGAAGAGCCAACCCAUCCUGAUUCUGGCCGUGUGCCUCUUGGCCCUCUCCGCCGUUUCCGCCAUGCCACAGCGUCGGGCGAAGAGUCAACGCCAGGUGGAGUACUCAUCCACACCCUAUCCGGCAGCUGGCUUCCGCCCCAGGGUUCCCUUUAAUCUGCCCGGUGAAGUGCAGCCCAAGCUCGAGACGGAACCACUGACCACCACCAGUACCACGUCUGCCAGCGAAGUGGAAACCCUGGAGAAUACCGAACCACUUAGCACCACCGAGCAGCAGCCGGAAGCGGAGACGGAAGCGGAUUUGGAAGUGUCCAUCCGCACGCCUGCCAACACGUACGGAGCCCCUGAAGAGCAGGAUCCCCUGGAGCCGGACACCGUAGUGGUGGUGGCCCAGGAGCCAGCCCGCGAUUUUCAGCCCCCCUCCCUGGAUGCCGUCGAGGACUUUGCCGCCGAUGGCGCUGUUGCUGCUGGUGGCGAGCAGCCUGUUGCUGAUGUCCCUGCCCUGGGCCAAGCGGAGUCGCAGGACGAUGAGCCCGAGGCGGCGGUCAAGGCUGUCACCCCGGCUGGAGCCUAUGGACCACCCGCCGCCACCUACGGAGUGCCUGAGCUGAGCGAGACCGAGAACGAGUUGGAUCUGGAGGAGUCGCAAGUUGAGCUGGUUGAAGAGGAGGCGGCGGCGGAGGAGGCGCUGACCAACGAGCUCUCCAGUGGUCGCCUGAUCCUGCUGCCCUUGGGCGCCAGGGGACCACAGUUUGGUCGCCUCAUCCUUGCCGUAGAGCAGCCACGUCAGCGCCUGAGGAGCGAACGACUGAGGCGGAUUUAGGGCUUCACUUGCUUGUCCACGUGUGGGGAUUAUUUGAACGAAAAUAUACGUACUUGUUUCUACUGAAUUUUUCUG